AUGGCUAGAGUGCCUGCUAUUACCAGCGUGGAGGCGACGGAAGAUGGAGAGAAGGAGGUUGAGAGAGAGGAAGAGCUCCUGGACGGACGGGAAGCGGCAGGAGGCGGCAUGGCUAUCCACUGUUCGGGCGACAAUGCCAAGAAGAAAAAGCAACCUGGUAACAAAAAUCUUAGGUGGGCUAAACCUGUAUCGCGCCAAAUCAAGGUUAAUGUGGAUGGCUCCUUCCUCCAUGAUGAUCAUACAGGUGCUGUUGGAGCAAUCUUAAGAGAUCAUGAUGGACUUUUUAUUGCCGCCUCUACCUUAUACAUCCCAAACUUGGCGUCGGCGGCUUUAGCAGAAGCUAUGGCAUUACGAGAAGGGUUAUCUUUGGCUCACCGUAUAGGUUGUAACAACGUGAUUGCGGAAUCGGACUCUUUAGAAACUGUUGAAGCGUGUACCGGAGCUGAAGUGUGGUGGGGAGACUCGGCUGCUGUCUUCGCGGAUUGUGUUGAUCUCAUGGCCCUUAUUGGUUCAGUGCAAGUCCAGCAUUGCCCAAGAGAAGCUAAUGGUGCAGCUCACGCGUUGGCGAAGUUUUGUUCAUCUGAUAAAAAUUCUUGUAAUUGGGUCGAUGAACCCCCUAGUUUCCUUUUAGAUGUGCUUGUAAAUGAUGUAACUAUCCCGUGA